CUGCUGGACCGCCUGCCCGCCCUCCAGGACGCCUGCCGGAACUUCAUGCGGGAUGCUGAGGAGAUCGCCUGCAGCCGGCGCAUGAACAGCCUGACGCUGAACCGGCACACGGAGAUCCUGGAGAUCCUCGAGAUCCCCCAGCUCAUGGACACCUGCGUCCGCAACGGCUACUACGAGGAGGCGCUGGAGCUCGCUGCCUACGUGCGCCGGCUGGAGAGGAAGCACAGCAGCAUCCCCGUGAUCCAGGGCAUCGUGGACGAGGUGCGCCAGUCCACCCAGCUGAUGCUGAACCAGCUCAUCCAGCAGCUCCGCACCAACAUCCAGCUGCCAGCCUGCCUGCGGGUCAUUGGCUACCUGCGGCGCAUGGAUGUCUUCACAGAGGCUGAGCUGCGCAUCAAGUUCCUGCAGGCGCGGGAUGCCUGGCUGCGCUCCAUCCAGGCCUCCAUCCCCGAUGAUGACCCCUACUUCCACAUCACCAAGACCAUCGAGGCCUGCCGCGUCCACCUCUUCGACAUCAUCACUCAGUAUCGCGCCAUCUUCUCUGACGAGGAGCCGCUCCUGCCCCCCGAGGGGCAGGCCCUCAACGAGGGGGCCAUCUUCCAUGGCUGGGUGCUGCAGAAGGUCUCCGAGUUCCUGCGGACGCUGGAGCGCGAUCUCCAGCGCGGGGUGGGCGGCCGCCUGGACUCGCUGCUGGGGCAGUGCAUGUACUUCGGCCUCUCCUUCAGCAGGGUGGGGGCCGAUUUUCGUGGGCAGCUGGCCCCCCUCUUCCAGCGCGUGGCUGCCGCUGCUUUCAGGAAGGCGGUGGAGGAGACGGUGGACAAGUUUCGGGAGGAGAUGAAUUCCUACACGCUCAUUUCUGCCCCGGCCGUCCUGGGGGGCAGCGCUGGGGUGCCAGUGCCCACAGCCCAGCCAGGGACGCUGCAGCCACCCAUGGUGCUGCUGGACUUCCCACCCCUCGCCUGCUUCCUCAACGGCCUCCUGGUCGCCUUCAAUGACCUGCGGCUCUGCUGCCCCAUCGCCCUGGCCCAGGAUGUCACCACGUGCCUGGAGGACGCUCUUGGCGAGGUGACCAAAACCAUCCUGGCCUUUCACCGUGCAGAGGAGGCGGCUUUCAGCGGGCGGGAGCAGGAGCUCUUUGCCCAGUUCUGCACAGCCUUCCUGGAGGACCUGCUGCCCUACCUCAACCGCUGCCUCCAGGUCCUCUUCCCCCCGGCACAGAUCGUGCAGGCCCUGGGUGUCCCCCCCACCCAGCUGCAGCGCUUUGGCCACCUGGGCUGCAUCGACGUGGGUGCCCUCAGGGAGCCGCUGGCCUUCCUCCUGCCAGCGCCGGGUGAGGAGGAGGAGCCGGCCCGGGAGAGCACCCCACGCCCCGAGGGGGAAGAGGAGGCCGUGCCUGGAGAGAACGGGACAGCGGGACAGCAGGAGAGCCCCCCGGGGGGGGAUCCGCUGCCGGACAUCCCAGCGGCCACGGGGUAGAGGGGCUGCGGGGUGGCCGGGCUGUGUCACCCCUGUCCCCCUGGGAGUGAAGCGGUCCCUGCCUGCCUUCCCCCUGCCCGAAGGCCCUCCCGCCUGCACCGGGCAGCCCCUUCCCCCGCCUCCCGCCUGCACCGGGCAGCCCCUUCCCCUGCCUCCCGCCUGCACCGGCCGCUGCGCCUCCUCCCAGCCGCCAGGGGUCGCUCUGGCGUCCCGGAAUGUCCCCCGGCGGCCACCGUAGCUUCGCGGCCUCCAUGGCGGCGGCGGCGCUGGCGGCGGGGCGGCGGCUGGCGGUGGGACGGGCCCGGCCGGACCCCCCGUCCCGCCGGUGCGGGGACUCCUCGGGCUGGGGCGAGCGGGAGCGCUCCCACU